UAGAUGGCUCUUUAAUCAAAAAUUAACUUCCAUAAAAUAUCACUAAAAUUAUUGAAAUCUAAAAAUUAUUUUAUAUAUUAGUAUUACGUAGGAAAUCUAUCAAUUAUUUUUAUUAAAUCUGUACACUAUUUUAUAUACAUAAAUUAUUUUUCUAUAAUUAUUUUUUUGGUUGGCAAUAAACCGUGCCAACUGCCAAUGCUGAAGUUAGAAUUUGAAUUUUAAUGGCGAGUACAGUACAUACAAUUUGUGUGUUAAGUUUUCGUCCAUUUAAGUGUUUUCUGCUGUUGACUUGCGUUGAUUUGAGUUUUACUCAUCCGCUGUGUUUUCGGUGAAUUAGUGAGUGAGUUGAGCUGUGCUCCUCUGUUUCAUUGUUUCACAUAACUUGCGAAAAGACGCCAUUAGUGUUUAGUAUUAUUUGCGAUAAAGACGCCUUUUUUGUGAUAUUUGUGAAAUAGACACUGUUAUUGUGUUAUUAGCGAUUAGAGACGCUUGUUUGAGUGCAUAUAAUCAUGCCGAGGCGGUGCGAAUUGGGAUGUUCACACAACCCGGGUGUGACACAACAUCAAUUUCCACACCCAGAAAAGAAUCCUGAGUUAUUCAAAGCCUGGGUUAAUAUAGUUGGUGGAAAACUGGAGACUGCAGAUGAUAUCAAAUUUUACAGAAAGCGAGUCAUCUGUGACAUACAUUUUGCAGACAAGUUUAAGAAUCGCAACAACCGUUUAAAUAACAUAGCUGUUCCUACUCUCCAUCUUCAGGGUGCUCCAUCACAAGAUGCUCAUAUGCCUCCUGCAACUCCACAUAUACCAACUGAACUUCCUAUGCCUGAACAUAAUAUAUGGAAUCUGCCUUCUACAUCAAAGCAAAUAGUCACUGGUACGUAAAUGCUUGGCUACCUACAUUCUCAAAUUAUGUUUAACUAGCUGCCAUAAUUAAAUACUGCAUUUUUUUUAUAAUAAUAAUCCCCCCCCCCAUGGGGCCACCUUGACGUGAUGGGGGAAGGCAUGAACGCUUAAAGAAGUCAGUAAGAACUAGACGACCCUGUGCCAAUUGGUAAACAUGAGGUACCAUCAGAAAAUAUAGUCAUAACACCUCGGCUAACCCUUUCCAACUAACGGUCCCAACUUCCCAACUAACCUUCCCUUUCCCUUUACCUUCUCUUCAGUGUCUGAUAAAAUAUAUAUCUUAUUACUUUAAAAUAUGUACUCUGCAGUCACCUUCUCUCUUUCACCUCUUAACUUUUCUUUUUCUUAAGUUUUAAAACAUUGCUCCUAAUAUAAUUUAAUGCGACUACGAAAUAGAGUAAUAAUACCCCAGGCGGGUACCGGAGCUAAUCUAAAAAAUAAGGAAUGGAGACAUGAUGUAAUGGAAGUAGGGAAAUCUAAAAUUAUCCCAUUAUUUGAUGUCCCUCAUUUAUUGAAAGGGGUAAGAAACAAUUUACUUACGAAGGACUUAAAAUAUUUCGACUUCGAAGAAAAGGUUGAAAAGACGAUAAAAUGGGAAUAUUACCAGAAAAUUUAUGAAGCGGACAAAUUACAUGGUGAAUUAAAAAUAUGUCAGAAACUAACUGAUGAACAUAUUUAUGUGGAGAAAAUAAAAAAAAUGAAGGUCAAACACGCAACCCAAAUUUUUAGCCGCAGUGUUGCUACAGCUGCAGAACAUUUAUCUGCUAGGGGCGAUUUAUCUAAUGAGUGCCGCCAAGUAAUUACAUUUACCAAAAUGAUGGACAAUUUAUUUGAUUCCUUAAAUUCAAGCUCAUUUAAUAUGAUACAUGGAAAAAUGUAUAAAUGUGGUGUUAGAAACAAUUCUCCUCAUCAUGAAUUAUGGGAAAAUGCCAAAAAGGUAUUAAAAUCAAUAAAAUUUAUUAAAGUUAAAAAAGAAAAGGAAAAUAAAAUAAGAUUAAUUGAAACGAGUUCGGUACCUUCAAUAAAAAAUUUUAUACGUACUAUUGAGGGCAUGCAACAGUUGUGGAAAAUAUUAUCCCAAAAUAUUUAUUUGAUACAAUGAUGACCAGAAACUUUAACCAGGACCCACUGGAAAAUUUUUUUGGGAACAUUAGAAGUUUUGGGGUGAGGAAUACGGCACCCAACACAAUUAGCUUUGAAGGUGCCUAUAAAUCACUUCUUUUAAAUAAUUAUAACUCACCCCAUUCACUUAACGCUAACUGUGAAAAUGAUGACAAUGAUUGUCUUCAGACAUUGAGUUUCUUUUUGGAAGACAAACUUUUAGAAAACACUUCUAAUGUUCCCAGUAAUGAGGUUCUACCAUUUCAGCAAGAAGAAAAUGACGAAAUUGAGGUGCCUUUUAUAAAUUUAAAUUCUGAGCCUGCUGAUGCUGGUCAGGCCAAUUAUGUAUGUGGGUGGGUGCUGGCUAAAUGUUUUAAAAAAGUUGCUAAAUCAUGCAGGCACUGCAAAACUGAACUAACUGGCGACAGUCAAUUAAAAUCAAAUAGUUAUAUAAGGGCAAAAGAAUAUACAAAAGGAAAACAUUGUCUGUUGUAUCCCAAUAUAGUGGCGGAAAAAGUUUUAAAGACAUACAAAAUAUUGUAGUAGAAAUUUUGAAAAAGAAUGUGCCAAAAACUAAAUUAAAAGAAAAGAUAAAAAUGUUUUUAGACAUAUUUGUGGAUUAUCCUUUCACCUGCGAUAUCCACAAGAUAGAAUUAAGAAAUGUUUUGAAAACAUUACAAUAAAUAUUUUGGUAUAUAGUUGGUGCCGCUCAAUUAAUCGAAUUUUAUCAGGUAAAAUCCAAUAUCGUGAUGAGGAUGAUGAAACUAAACUUUCAGCACAAAUUUAUUACAAUAAACAUAAACAUAAGUAAAUAUGAUUUUUAUUUAAUUCCAGGUCGCCUACUAAGUACUUUCUAAAUGUUCCUACAUAACGUUGUUCUGUUGAGUUGUAGUAAUCUGUGUUGUAUUUCCAUAUUUCAAUAAAUAACUAUUUUCUACA